UGUUAUCUCAUGGAGUGUACCUAGUUAUAUUCCAUCAGACUAUCCCAUUAUCACAUAUGAGAUAGGAUAUCAUAUCUUACAGUCUGGUGGUAACUGUUUGAUGGUAAAUGAUGAUGACUUUAAUACUGAAAUAUUGCAACUACAUAAUUCAACCAAUACUUAUAUUAGCAUUACUGGUCUUAAUGAUAUGUCUUACUUUAUUUUUGGUGUACGUGCAUACACUGAUAAUGGAUAUGGAGAAUGGACAGUUAUUGCUAAUGAAACAUUAAAACUACCACAACAAUUAUCAUUUAACUGUGAUACAUCAGACAGUGUUAUUGGUCUUAGUGUGUUAGUGGGUAUAUUGUGUGGUCUACUAACUGUCAGUGUUAUUAUUAAUAUCUUCAGCUUUAUGAGAAAGAAAAGUUCAUGUACUAUUAAUAAGCAAACAAAAGCUGAUGAUGAUAUUUCAAUGCAAGUAUGUGAACCGUAUGGAAUCCACAAGACUAAACUAAGUGAAGAGAAUGAAGGAGUCUAUGAUGAAUGUAAAACAUCACCCGAUGAUGUGUAUGAACAUAUGCCGCAAUAAAUGUACUAGAGCAACUUAAGAGUAACUCUUAAAACAUUUUCACUAGUUUUAGUGUAGCAAUUUAUUUUACAUAUAGUUAUACAGUACAUAGUUUGUGUGAAAAAGAGAAUACAACUUUAUGAGUACACUUAAUAGUUACUGUGUA